CUUCCCAGGUGUGCCGGAGCGAGUGCCAGCCCACCCUACCUGCAGCCUUGGUCCGAUGGGGUGGUGACCGGUCGUGCUUGGCUCCAGCGCCAUGUGGUCCAAUGGCAGCUCCCUGGGACCCUGUUUCCGGCCGACAAACAUCACGCUGGAGGAGCGGCGCCUGAUCGCCUCCCCCUGGUUCUCCGCCUCCUUCUGCGUGGUGGGCCUGGCCUCCAACCUGCUCGCGCUGAGGGUGCUGGCGGGCGCGCGACAGGGGAGCCCGCACACCCGGUCCUCCUUCCUCACUUUCCUCUGCGGCCUCGUCCUCACCGACUUCCUGGGGCUGCUGGUCACCGGCAGCAUCGUGGUGUCCCAGCACGCCAUCCUCUUCGACUGGCAAGCCGUGGACCCCAGCUGCCCCCUCUGCCACUUCAUGGGCGUCGUCAUGGUCUUUUUCGGCCUGUGCCCGCUGUUGCUCGGAGCCACCAUGGCCUCGGAGCGCUUUCUGGGCAUCACCCGGCCCUUCUCGCGCCCGGGGGCCACCUCGCAGCGCCGCGCCUGGGCCACGGUGGCGCUGGUGUGGGCCGCCGCGCUGGCGCUGGGCCUGCUGCCCCUGCUGGGCGUGGGCCGCUACACCGUGCAGUACCCCAGCUCCUGGUGCUUCCUCACGCUGGGCGCCCAGCCGGGCGACGUGGCCUUCGGCCUGCUGUUCGCGCUGCUCGGCAGCCUCUCGGUGGGGAUGUCCUUCCUGCUCAACACGGUCAGUGUGGCCACCCUGUGCCACGUCUACCACGGGCAGGAGGCCGCCAAGCAGCGCCCGCGGGACUGCGAGGUGGAGAUGAUGGCCCAGCUCUUAGGCAUCAUGGUGGUGGCAAGUGUCUGCUGGAUGCCCCUGCUGGUCUUCAUCGCCCAGACGGUGCUGCAGAGCCCCCCGGCGAUGAGCCCCGAUGGCCACCUGUCCCGAGCCACCGAAAAGCAGCUGCUCAUCUACCUGCGUGUGGCCACCUGGAACCAGAUCCUGGACCCCUGGGUAUACAUCCUGUUUCGCCGCUCCGUGCUCUGGCGCUUCCAGCCCCGCCUCAGCACCCGGUCCCGGUCGCUGUCCCUACGGCCCCAGCUCACCCGGGGGUCCGUGGUGAGUGUGGGAGGCCGGCCGAGCACAGCCCCCUGCCAGCGUGUCUCCCGUUAAGCCCAGGAGCCCGGCGUGCUGGAUGCGCAGAGUUUCAGCAGCAGGAUAAUGGGUCGUUUUCUAUCCAACCUGGGGACCCC